AUGCGCGCGCGGUGUCGCCCGCGAGGCGAGGUCGUGGACCACGGCGGGGUGGUUCCGGUGCGAUUGACCGUUCCGGGGCUGGGAAGCGGCGCGCGCGCGUUCGCGGCGGCGCGCGAGGCGCUCUUGGACGCGUCGCACGGCGCGGAUCGAAUCUCGGUGGACGUCGCGGCGAGAGCGCUCGGAACGUCGAAUGAGGCGAUGCGGAUCGUGUUCGACGCGAUGCGAGCGACGAGUGAGCGAUAUUGGGAGGAUGUUACGUCGGAGGAGGAGUCGACGUGCGAGACGCGGCGGUUGUGCGCGUUUCUGUUGACGUUGCGUUACACCGCGGCUGGGGGGCAGUCGACGUCGGUGUUGAGGGAUGACGGCGCGUUCGGGGCUUUCGAGGAGACGAGCGCGGAGAGCUCGGGGUCGGAAUCGGGGGGUAAAGCGGCCCCGAUGAGUCCGCCGUCGAGGAGUCCGUCCAAGUGGGCCGCGCUUCGACGGGGACGCGAAGGGUCUGGGCACGGCGAGGGCGGUGGCGACGCCUUCGGCGCGUGGUCGAGCGAAGGAGACGACGACGCGUUCGGAACUUUUCUAUUUCAGAACUGGGACGCCGUCGCGCGAGGGUGUCAGUUGACAAAGGAAGGAUCGUCGACGCUCACGCGCGACGAGGUGGAAUGUUUGGAUUUCCUCUUCGAAGUGCGUGACGAACGGGGAGAGAGAUCGACUUUAGCGAAGUGCGCGCUUGGGAACGAUCGCGAGAUCGACGUCACGCAUCUCCGAGAGUGGGUGGCGCGACAUAUGGAUCCGCUGCACGCCGCGGCGACUUCGACAUCCGCGAGCGCCGGCGCCGUCUCCAACGUGAGCACCGUCGCCGCCAUCGCGGAAAUGGCUGUGACCGUGGAUGAAUCAACAUUAAAGACCGUCGUCACGGUUGACGGCGCGCACAAGACGACGGUCGUUCGACGACAAGGUUACGAAUCCACUCGAGCGGCUUCGGGGAGCGCGGCGAGCUGUCGAACGUCGCCGAGAGAUUUGCCCACGUUCGGGUCGCCAGGAUACAUCGCUGGCGCCACGCCCACCGCCACGAUCACGGACUGUACGGAUUCAAUCAUCUAUUUGUUGGAGCCGUAUCAUUACCUGAAUAUAUCGGGAUGCGUGGAUUGUACCAUAAUUGUUGGCGUCGUCGCUCGGUCGGCGCGAGUGGAGCGAUGCGAGCGAGUGACACUAAUUUGCGCCGCCAAGCGCGUUGCCGUGCGGUCGUGCUUCGAUUGCACGUUUCACCUGGGGAUCACACGUCAGCCCGUCUUCGUGGGGCACAAUCGCAAGUGCGUCUUGGCGCCGUACAAUACGUUUUACGAGCACCUCUGCGAACACCUAGCCGAGGCCAGACUCGUGCCGGAUGAGUGCACGGCGUGGGAUCGCCCCGCAGUGCUUGGUACGGAUGUCACCAUAAAAGACAGUUCGACCUCGCCGCGCGCGCCGGACGUCGUGCGCAUAUCCAGCGGCGUUGCGCUCAUGCCGCCGGAUGCGUUUUCACUUUUCAUCAUUCCUUUUCGUAAGUUCUCGCCAGAGGACGUCGACGUCGGGGCCGAUACAACUCCCCCCACGCCCUCAAGCGUGGCACCGAUAACACAGGCAAAUCCAUUCAACACCCCCGCGAGUUACGUGAACGCCCUGGACGCCAAGAUGCAGCGCAUAGGUGACGUCCGGACGCUCGUCCGCGACGCCCCGCUCGCCGACGUCACGCGCGCCGAACUCCAGGGCGCGAUUCAGAGCCACUUCAAGUCUUGGCUCCAACAAUCGGGAAAAUCUCGAGAGGUUUUCGAUCUCUCAGCGAUCGAUCGCGACGAACUCCUAGGCUCGACAUCGCGCCGACACACCGUGUAA